AAUAUUGUUUAGAAUACCGACUGUAUGAAAAUGGGGAUUUAAAACAUGACGUUUCGAUUUUUCAAGGGAUAAAGAUGAAAAUUGUAUUUCAAAGCAGACACAGGAUCCGAUAAUAUUGGAAAGCAAAGUAAAAUCGCUGGAUGCGUUUGAUGCUUUAUGUGGUUAGGUGGUGGUUAUCCAACAAAACAAACGCAAAAACUCACCAAAGUUUCGGUAUUGAUUGUACACGGUGAUUAUACAGGGAUGAAAUUAAUUGUACACGGUGAUUAGACCGGAAUGAUAAGUGUGUGAUCUGUAUUGGACUUUUAAAAUAAAUAGUAAAUCUUCAAUACCCGUCACAGACUGGAUAAACUAAAACCAUACAAUGAACAGCUCGGACGAACACGAAUUUAAUGUUCUGAACGAGGAGUACAUUAAGAUAAAUAUUCCAAACAUAUUUAUCAGCGUGUUCUAUUUUUUGUUCGGUGUCACGGGUAACUCCUGCGUCCUCCUGGUGUACUGUCUGUGUGUCAAGAGGAGGAAUAACCGCUACUACAUCCCUUUCCUCGCCCUGGUGGACUUAUUGUCAUGUUUGAUGAAUAGCGCCUGGGAGAUAAUGUUUGACAUGCAGCCCUUAAACUUUAACGACAAUAUGGGAUGCAAAUGGAUACGUUUUCUAGGCAAUGCUUUGGCAAUACUUUCCGGAUUUUUACUGGUCGUCAUUGCAUUACAACGGUUCAUGCUUGUAUGUAAGCCAUUACGUCACCCCUCUUCUGUGAAGACGAAGAACGCGGUUUUGUUGGUAACCCUUAUGCUUGGUCUUGCCAUAUCGUCUCCGAAAUUUAUAUUUACAGGGAUAACAGAAAUCAAAACGAGAAAUCAGAGAAUUACAGGAACUGUGUGUGGAAUUCUCGACGAAUAUUCGAAUACCACAGGCCUCCUUGUAUAUGAUAUAAUACUGCGAGUGAUCGCUGGACUUUGCUACCUUUCUAUAACCAUCUUGUAUAUAUUUGUAGUUCGUGCUAUUUAUAUCAGAAACCAGAAACUAUCUCAGUCUCAUAAAACAACAGCUCGCAUAUUACGUGAAGGUUCUAACAAUAAUUCUGUAGAUGACCGGGUUCAAAGUUCUACUUCAAGAAAUUCACAGCAUGAAUAUCAAGGAAGAGAGCAGAGGGACUCCGAUACUUCAACAAAUCUACGCAACAGGAACAUCAUUGCUACCCAUCGUUUCUCUAUAAUGUUCUUUGUAAUCACCCUGAUUAUCCUGAUCACGUAUGCCCCACGUCUAGCCAUUGAGUCUAUAGAAGCCAUGGAUAAGAAUUUUGCAGCUAAUUUCAGCGAUGUCGAUAUUGCUUUGAAGGGUUUCUUUGAGAAUCUAUAUAUAUUAAAUGCUGUGAUUAACCCGAUGAUAUAUGGCUAUUUUGAUCGGGAAUUUCGUGUUAUUUUGAAAAGAAAACUUUGUGGCAGAUAACAAAGACUGUUCAUAACAUUGUAAAUUCACCAAGGUCGUCACACGUGAUUGAAACAACUGCGCACUUGUAAUAGGUCAAAUGCACUUCCAGGAUUGUUAAAACUAAUGGAUAUAUAAAGGAUAUCACGAGGCGCAGAAAGAAGAUACAAAGAUCACAUUCAUGUAAAUGUUUGAAACUAGAUCUUUCACAAGGAGAUUACAAAGAUCUCUUUCACGUAAAUGUUUGAAAUUAGUCCUUUCACAAGGAGUUUACGUUGGAUAGUUGUACGCAUUGUUUAUAUCUUCUCAAGCAUUUCAAUCUCUUGACUGAAGAAAUCAUGAAAAUUAAAGCAUCUUAAAUUCAUUGCUGUAAACCUCUGUAUGUCAUGCAUGUCACAUACUUGUAUAAUUAUACUAGUGUGGAAUUAAAGGAUUUAUAUUGGCAUUA